GGGCGGCUCCGGGGCCGGGGAUGGCGGCGGCCGCGGUCGCGGCGGCUCCCGGACGAGCGGGAGGAGCCCGGGAAGCGCUGUGAGAUGGGCCGGCUCCCAAGUCAGCCGGGAGGACUCUUACUACAGCUGCUCAGAAGCACCAUCAGAAGCUCAGCAGAUGUGGGCACCCCAGCCAGCAGCAGUAAGGGGUGCAGGGAAACCACAGAGAAGCUCCUUCUGAUGCCCCAAGGAGCAAGCCAACCAUUUCCAGGCUCCAGGACCAUCACAAAGCAAUAUGAAACCUGUUCAUGAGAGGAGUCAGGAAUGCCUUCCACCAAAGAAACGAGACCUCCCCGUGACCAGCGAGGAUAUGGGGAGAACUACCAGCUGUUCCACAAACCACACACCCUCCAGUGAUGCCUCUGAGUGGUCCCGAGGGGUUGUGGUCGCUGGGCAGAGCCAGGCUGGAGGCAGAGUCAGCGUGGGGGGUGAUGGAGCUGAGGCCAUCACUGGCCUGACAGUAGACCAGUAUGGCAUGCUCUAUAAGGUGGCUGUGCCACCUGCCACGUUCUCACCAACUGGCCUCCCAUCCGUAGUGAACAUGAGCCCCAUGCCUCCCACGUUUAAUGUAGCGUCUUCACUGAUUCAACAUCCAGGACUCCACUAUCCCCCAAUUCACUAUGCUCAGCUCCCGUCCACCUCGCUGCAGUUCAUCGGGUCUCCUUACAGCCUUCCCUAUGCUGUGCCACCCAACUUCCUACCAGGUCCCCUCCUCUCUCCUUCUGCCAACCUCGCCACCUCUCACCUUCCACACUUUGUGCCAUAUGCCUCACUUCUGGCAGAAGAAGCCACUCCUCCUCCCCAGGCUUCAUCCCCAGCUCAUUCAUUUAGCAAAGCUCCUGUCACCUCCCCGUCCGGCCAGUUGCCUCAUCACUCGAGUACUCAGCCACUGGACCUUGCUCCAGGCCGGAUGCCCAUUUAUUAUCAGAUGUCUAGGCUACCCGCUGGGUAUACAUUGCAUGAAGCCCCUCCAGUAGGUGCCAACCCAAUUCUUGCCCCUCAGGAGAGCCAGUCUGCUCUCGAAGCAGCUGCUGCCAAUGGAGGACAGAGACAACGAGAGCGAAAUUCAGUAAGACGGGAAAGUGAAGCACUUGACUCCCCCAGCAGCAAGGGUGAAAGUCAAGGACUGGUGCCGGUGGUAGAAUGUGUGGUAGAUGGACAGUUGUUUUCAGGUUCUCAGACUCCACGGGUGGAGGUGGUGGCGCCGACACACCGAGGGACCCCAGACACCGACCUCGAGGUCCAGCGUGUGGUUGGCGCUUUAGCUUCUCAGGACUAUCGUGUGGUGGCAGCUCAGAGGAAGGAUGAACCCAGCCCUCUCAACCUAUCCCAUCAUACCCCUGACCAUCAGGGUGAGGGACGAGGAUCAGCCAGGAACCCUGUAGAGCUGGCAGAGAAGAAUCAGGCCCGUGGGUUCUACCCUCAGUCCUAUCAGGAACCGGUGAAACACAGACCUUUACCCAAAGCAAUGGUUGUAGCCAAUGGCAACCUGGUGCCCCCUGGAACUGACCCAAGCCUACUGCCUGUGAGCUCAGAAAUCCUCGUGGCAUCAAGUCUAGACAUGCAGGCCAGAGCCACUUUCCCAGACAAGGAGCCAACACCACCCCCCAUUACCUCCUCCCACUUGCCCUCCCAUUUCAUGAAAGGCGCCAUCAUCCAGCUGGCUACAGGGGAGCUGAAGCGAGUGGAGGACCUCCAGACCCAGGAUUUUGUGCGCAGUGCCGAAGUGAGUGGGGGGCUGAAGAUUGACUCUAGCACAGUUGUGGACAUCCAAGAGAGCCAGUGGCCUGGAUUUGUCUUGCUGCAUUUUGUGGUUGGUGAGCAGCAGAGCAAAGUGAGCAUCGAGGUGCCCCCUGAGCACCCCUUCUUCGUAUAUGGCCAGGGUUGGUCCUCCUGCAGCCCUGGGCGGACUGCACAACUCUUCUCUCUGCCCUGCCAUCGGCUACAGGUGGGAGAUGUCUGCAUCUCUAUCAGUUUACAGAGCUUGAACAGUAACUCAGUUUCUCAGGCCAGCUGUGUUCCCCCAGGCCAGCUGGGUCCCCCUCGAGAAAGGCCUGAGAGGACAGUCUUGGGGCCCAGAGAAAACUUAUGUGACAGUGAGGGGAAGAGCCAGCCCGCAGGAGAGGGCUCCCAUGUGGUAGAGCCCUCCCAGUCUGAGCCUGGUGCUCAGGCCUGCUGGCCAGCCCCCACCUUCCAAAGAUACAGCAUCCAAGGGGAGGAGGCACGGGCUGCGCUGCUCCGUCCCUCUUUCAUUCCACAGGAGGUAAAGCUGUCUAUCGAAGGGCGUUCCAAUGCGGGAAAAUGAACCUCUUUCCUACACCAGGCUGGGGCUUUAACCCCCACAGGUGAGCCUCACCAUGAGCAGGUGGAGGAUUUGCACACCCUGACUGAGCAGGGCAUGGUCUCUAGGCAGUGAGUGAGAUUUGAUGGAAUGGGGAGGUGUGAAGUUAGCCUCUCAAGGCAGGAUCUGUUGCUCAUCACCCCAUGUCAUCCUUUUAGGACAGCCCAGGGGCAUCCUGUGAUCAGGAGCAGCCGGCCUAGAGCAAGGAAGGAGGGGGCGCACACAGGAGACGAAACAUUCCAAAAUCAGGGCCUCCUUGUUCUUUCCUUCCCAUCCCUAGCUCCUGCAGGAAAAGUACAGGCUUUGGGAGCAGACAGCAGUGGGAGGGAGCAAAGAAAGAGCCAAAAAUGAUGAUCCACAGCUUAUAGUAGCAGUAAGACUGAAGUUUUUUUCUUUUUUUUUUUUUUCUUUUUCUUUUCCU